UAGUAGAAGGGGUGAACCUUGGGUAUAUAGUGCCUGUUUAUCUGUCUGUGGCACCGCUAAUCGCACUCACUCACCGUGUACGGCUUCAUUCACGCAACACGUUGCUCACACCCACUACCAUGGAUCCACGAUCGUUCCUCCUGUUGGUGCUGGCCAUUGUUCCUGCCUCCUCCACGCAGACCUGUACCAACCAAAACGCGUGUCUAGUAAGCUGCGAGGGCUGCACUGGCAUCACCAUGGUCCAUGACCCCAUCAACUGCCACCGCUUCUACUACUGUAAAGAUGAUCAGCUGCUUACGGACAGUCCCUUCGAAUGUCCGAAUGGACAAGAGUUUAACCCACAGACUCAUAUGUGCGAAGCUGAUCUGGACGGGGAGGAAUGCAAGCCCCCUUGUGUCCCUAAACUAGGAGAGUGCCACUACACUUGCCAGCCAGGUGAUCCACUGAUUGCUUCAGUCUAUGACUGUGGGACCUAUUAUGCUUGUGACGCCGAAGGCAACAGUGGCCUUCCAAAGACCUGUCCCCCUGAGAAGCCAUUUUUUGACGGAAAGAAGUGUCAGACAGAUGAGACUCUUUGCUGUCACUGCCACGGCUACUGUUUCCCCGGUGAUGAAGGCAGACUGGUGGCGGAUCCUACGGACUGCCGCAGAUACUACGUGUGUCUCAACGAGGGAGUGCCGGUUUACUCUGCGUCCUGUGACAAAGGUGAACACUUCGACGUCGUUUCACGACAGUGUUCGACCGAAGCGCCCUGCCGCACGAUGUGUCGCAAUGUGAUCGGUGCCAAUGGCUGCAUUGAAAACUUUACCUGUCUGGAAAGAGGACAAUUCGCCAAGUGCCCAAGCGUGUGUUUCCCUGAGUACUAUGACUGCUUGGAGUUUGGCGACACCUACGCUCCAGCAGUACUUUGCCGCACCAAUUAUCUGUUUGAUCCCGAAAAACUCAGUUGUGUUAAUGAGGAUUAUUGCAACAAAAACUAAGAAUGUGGCCUUUCACUGCCACAUCCACAUGGUGUCUCCACCUUUGGUGUGCCCUCAAUACACACCUCUGACUCCUGACCUCCGGUCGUUUCCUCCUAAGCACACUAAUAAUCUCUUCCUUUAAUCAAUAUUUAUUUAAUACAACAUUCAUGGAGAUACAGUUUCCAGUUGAAAUAUAAUCUUUAUAAAUAUAAUUUUUAUUAGAAAAGUUUGCAGAAGAAAAAUCCAGCACAUUUUCAAUAUUCCCCAAUGUCACAUGUAGUGUGGUGCUGUAUGGGUGUCCAGAGGGGCCUGGGAGGAUGCCUAGCAUGUGAAGACAUAACAAAUAUAUCUUAUGAUAUACUUGUAAACAGGAUGGAUUUGUGCUAUUUUAACUUUUAUCAAAAUGGACGUUGGGAAUGCCCGUGAUGUUAGAUGGUUGUACAUCUGAUAUCAUGUUUUGGUAGAACAAAGUAAUAAAUUGAAUAAAAUAAAAUAAAUAAAAAUGUAUAAAUAAAAAAUAUAUGAAUAUAUAAAAUAAAAUCGCUGAAAAACUUGCAGGGAUGAUUGAGUAUUUUUGUGAAUAACAACAUUAUGAAGAUGCGCCUUUCAAAUAUGAUAAUACUUGUGAAAUGACGGAUGUGAUCGGAUGUAAAAUGUGAACAAAAGUAUUUUUAAUUAAUGCAAUUAUAGCUGACGAGACUCGAA